AUGCCCGUCGAUCCUACAAAACCAACUCCGUCGAGGCGCCCCCAACGCAAGAUCACGGAGGAGGAGUUGAGAGACAUCGAACUUAAACGCAUACGUGGCGAACUAUCUUGUGCUGAGUGUCGACGUCUCAAACUGCGAUGCGACAAGAAGGUCCCUUGUUCCUCUUGCGUCCGCAGAGGAUGUGAAUCCAUCUGCCCUUGUGGCAUUCUCUCUGCGGGACAGGGGACCCGUUUCAUACUUGCAGAUACGCAGCAACUCCACCGCAAAAUUUCAGAGAUGUCGAACCGAAUCCGCGCGCUCGAAGACGCUUUAGCGAUCAUGCAUGGAACUACUUCGUCAGAACGACAUCCUCUACUCUCUGACGACUUGCUCAAGAUCAAGUUCGGGGCAGAGGCCCUCAGGAGUGACAGCACCCAGAAACCCAAUGGGCAGGGCGGCGAAGAACAAGAAAACAUAGACGCUCUAGGGACACUCACUCUCGAUGACAAAUCCGGUGAAGUGAAGUACUUUGGUCGCUCGGCGGGCAGCGAGACGCUGCUUAUGGCGAACGAAGAAUGGUCUGCACCAUCUGCGGAAGACGGCGAUGCAUUCGACGACGAGGACGUCAACGAGACAGACAAUUUAUUCCCUCCAUUCAACCCCUCCCGCCAACAUCUCUUGGAUCUUUUGUACGCUUACCUACCGGCCUAUCCCCGCGCUCAUGAGCUGUCGGAAAGCUACCUACAGCACGCUACCUACUUCUUCCGGCCGAUCAAACGAGAUGAGCUUUUGGGCGAGGCGACUACAUUACCUGGCAUGUCUGCCGACUCUCAGGAAACGGCGCCCACGCCUCCAGCUACCCCAGCAGCACACCCAACAUUGGAUCCCGACCCCGAUCCAUCCGCGCCUCAUAAUCUAGCUACUAUAUUCAUGAUCCUCGCUCUUGGGGCUCUCCUAGACAUCAACAAGCCGCCAUACAAUGCUGAAGCCGAGAGAUAUUAUACGCUCGGCAAAGCAGCCCUCUCCCUUCGCACCAUCUUUGACUUCCCUCAUAUCCGGACUGUACAGGCAGUCGGGUUGAUGGCUACGUACCAUUCUAUGGCUGGCAAGAAAUAUACGAGAGAUAGCGCAUGGGGGCUAAUGAGUUUGGCAGCGAAGUUGUCGCAGAGCCUCGGUUUGCAUCGAGACAGCGCAAGGUGGAACUUCGACCCCACCACCGUCCAACGUAGACGUGCCCUCUUCUGGGAGAUAUUUGCCGCCGAUGUAUCCCAUAGCCUUGCCCUUGGUCGCCCACCAGCCAUCCACCUCUCGUACGUAGACUGCGAGUUUCCCAUCGACGAAGAAGCUACGCUCAGCGAUGCGCAAGAGGUGCAAUAUGGAUUUUGGCGCAUGAAACACACCUUCGCCCGAGAUAUUUUCAAUGCCGUGGCGGAGGCGACGUUAACCGCGAAGUCUCCAUCCUACUCGACGGUUCUCGACCUCGAUCGCAAAGUACGGGAGCUAUCCUUCCCUGCGGCGUUCAAACCAUACGUCAGCAAGGAGGACGGUGAAGAAGAGUACUAUAGCAGCUCACUGAGCCUGAGGGGAUUCUACGCCAGCCAGCACAGGACCGUUACCAUGUUGUAUCUUCACAGAAGUUUCUUUGCGCAGGCCAUGCUGGAUCACCCCUCUAAUCCACUUCUCAGCCCGUUUGCACCGUCUUUCCUAACUGCCUAUCGGUGUGCAUCUAUUAUCAUCAAGGCGACGGCCCAUCAGUACGAUAGAUGUGCAAGGAUGGCCAUGAGGGUGUGGUUCUUGCUUUAUCACACCUUUUCUGCCGCCGUGAUUGUCGGCACUGUUGUGACGCAUUCUCCGAACUCCCCGAUGGCAACGAGCGCACUUCAAGAUCUCGACCUAGCUGUUGAAUUAUUUGACAAGGCGUCAGCAGUGUCAAGACGAGCAAGAAUCGCUCUGGCAACUACACCAAGUGGCUAUGUGAGUCCAUUGGGCGUAUUCGGUAGCCCUCCCAGCGCCUUCAAGUCCCCUCACGCUGAGGGAAGCGAUGACGACGGUGGAGAUGAACUCGCGAUCUUCGGUGGCCAGAAGAGGGUCUUAACGAGGAAACACCGACACGCGCACAGCACCAGUUCAGCCUCCCCAUCGAUUCCUAGCGACAAGAAUAGCCCUCGGUUAGCAUCGUAUAACAACUCGCCUAGCCCACCCAGCACUAGUGCCGCGUCUCCGUCAUCUGCGACAACAACGCACGGUGAAGCAGCGACAGUCUCUCUCAGCGAUUCUCAGCCCACGAAUGUCCAUCCCUCAUUGAUGGAGUAUCUCUCCGAUACAAAUAUGUUCGGCUUGGAAUCGAUGGGAGGAGCACAUGGUAGUAACCGCGGAAACCCAUUUGCGGGGCCCAACGCUAGCCUCAGUAUGGGCGGAGGACCUUCCCAUGCCAGUAGUAGCGCUUCGGUCAUGCAAGGGGUUGAGAUGGGCUCGGCCAGAGGCGUGCCGUCUGCGCCUCCCCUCACCAUGAUGGAUCCCCUGCAGGAGGUAUCAACGGGAAACAGUUCGCACGUCAACGGAGGGAUGGGUGAAAUGUACCAAAGCGUCAUGUCGUAUCUCGCCAAUCGUUCAUUCGGAGGGAACGCCCUGAGUGGGCAACUAUCGCCUCCGCUUCCUCGCCCGGUGGAGCACGUUCAGCAGCAACCCCAUCAUCAGCAUUUUACGCCCUCUCAGCCCUCGUCCGCUCUUCAGUCUAGGAGGCCUAGCCAGUCCCCGUCUGCUCCGGGUUCCACCCUGAGUUCUCCAGGGACUCCGUGGUCUGUUAUCUCGGCGUUGUCUACUAUCAACACUAGCAGUCCGUCCACAGCGCUGAGUUCGCCCAUGUGGGCUCAAACGCAUGACACCAGCGUCCCAGCGUCGCCUGCUGUACUCCAAGGAAUGGUCAGCCCCAACUAUAUGCGCAGCGAGUUGCUGGGCUAUGCUGGUUCUCUCGGAUCCACACAUCGCCAACCGCAACAACCAGCCCGGCAGACCCAGCCAACUCCAGGAUUCCCCGGAUUCAAUGGCCGUAUUGAUGCAAGUAUAUUCGGUAAUAUGUACGCCGAAACACAGAUGGGUCGCCCCGCAUUUGGCGUCCACGAGCGUGCGCCGAAUGGAAGCGGAAUGAUGGCUGUUGAUCCUCGCGAAGAUAUGGUUGAGAUGGGAUUGUCGACGGAAUCUGGGAUGGAUGCUGGCUGGAUGUCCUUCAUGCAUAAUGCCGGCAUCAUGGAAUAUAACGGUCCCGGUGGCGGGCAACAUCAGAUGCCACUGUGA